UCGGCAUCAGACGGACCUUGUACGUCAGACGAGUGAUAUUUUUCUCCAAGCCGUACGACUGGAAAUGCGCGGACCGAUGAAGCAGGUACGCCUGGUUGUGCUGGGCGCCGGCGGGGUGGGGAAGAGCUCGCUGGUCAGCCAGUUCAUGCGGGGCGUCUUCAACACCUUCUACGAGCCCACGGUGGAGGAAUGCUACAGACACUUCCUGCAACUGCCAGACGGAAACAUGCACUGCAUCGAGAUCCUGGACACGGGCGGCACGCACCAGUUUCCCGCCAUGCAGGAGCUGAACAUCAAGACUGCCCACGGCUUCAUCAUCGUCUACUCCAUCGACGAUGCAGAGUCCUUCAAGGAGGCGCACAAACUGCGCAAGCUCGUCGUUAAUGUCAAAGGUACCGAGAACAUCCCUCUGGUGAUGGUGGGGAACAAGUCGGACCUGGCCGUGGACAGGGAGGUGCAGAAAGACGAGGCCGUCACGGCGGCAAGAGAAGAAUGGCGCUGCCCCUUCCUGGAGACCAGCGCCAAGUACAACCGGAACGUCUACGACAUCUUCCUGGCCUUGUUGAACAGCGCGGAAACCUGCGAGAACAGAGACUCGAACAAACAGAAGGCAACCGAGAAAAGAAGAUCGAGCGCGAUCAGGACAAUCAGUUCCUUCAAGAAAGCCGCCAAGAACCAGAAGGAGUCGUGCUGCAUCUUGUAGCUGAACACCUCGCCCCUAAAAGACUCUGGUUGCCUCGCAAGACAUUUGUACAUUUCUAAGGAUAUUUUGUACUGCGUUUGUUGAAAGUGUGGUGACACGUAGAGCACCAACUUGACAGCCCUCAUAUUCCGGCUCUCCUAGCCAUCAUGAGGUGUGAUUAAAACGUGUAGAGUUAAUUAUUUUUCGUCAUUAAACCUGACCUGGUACACAGGCUACCGUGGGUUCGGCGGGCUCUACUUCGGGACGCCAGGGGCUCUCAACCGCCCAGGUCAGUUGUGGCACCCGGUAGUGGUUUUACGCUGUCGGAGUGAGCUAUCGUGGAGGGACAAUUCUCUCCAACUGCGUAAAACUACUACCGGGUGCCAUAGUUGACCUGGGCGGCGGAGACCUCCACACAGCCCCGAAGAGAGUCCGCCCAGUCCCCGAUAGACUGGAUGUACCAUGUAACAUCAGACUCUGUACCAUUACUGGCGCAUGCGUGCCUAUGACGGUAAGGUACAACAGAGACACGUGUAAAUAUGUUUAUUUUGUACUUUCUUGUUCAUGAAACUUGUCCAUGUGAUAAAGACAAUUAUGACAGCAUUAGCUUUUCUGCGUUCUGUUGGGAAAAAAAAACUAUAACGUUUUGCGAUGAAGUCCUUUCGUUUAAAAAGACGUUACUCGCUAAAUGUGGUACAAUUGUUAUCCGUGAACACGGCAGGGUGAUUGAUGUGCCUAGAACUACAGAUCAUUAAACUGUGAUCACA